CUCAAUCCUCCGUCCAUACAAAGUCGACGAGAUAGGUCUCACGAGAAUCGCCUGACGCAUCUCAUCUGACUGCUCAGCAAGAAAGAACGAGAGAUAAUGGCGGAUGCUUUGGAUGAUGACGAGUAUCUUGAUCGAGCAUCCACCUCUCCAUCGCCCGCAGUCGAGGGUGCUACUCUCGACGUCGGCUUUGACCAGGAUGAAGCAGGACCUCGGUCGGCUGAUGAGGCUCGCGCUGCUCUGAGUUCCAAGCGCAAGCGCUCUGCCGAUGCGGAUGGGGAAGACAUGGACGAGGUGGCCAAGAAGGCCAAAAAGAAGCAAAAGCAAAAGGCGAGGGAUAAAGCUCGCAAAGCGCAGCGCAACGAGGUCAGGUCUGAGAUGACCGCGCUGGGAGGACCUGGCCGACUACCUUGCGAUUUGCAAGCUGACUACUUGCGCAAAGUGAUGCGCAAGUGUAAGUUCCUUGAGAAUCAGAGCGACUUGGAAUUGAAUGAGGUCGCAAUCGGUCAGCAGGAGUUGGUGGAGACCACAGAUUUUGUGGAAGAGAGGACUGAUGAUGCGUUGGUCGAGUUCAUUCGGGCGGUCUCUCCAAGCACCGCAGCCACGCUCGACAAUUUGCAACCGCACGAGGUACAGGCUGCACAGCCCGUAUGUCUGGUCGUAACAGGCAACGCGAUGCGCGCGGCAGAUCUGUGCAGGAGCUUGAGAGCCUUUCUCGGUUCUCGGACUGGCCCAGAAGAGAAAAGUCAAGAGUCAAGCGGUGCAGGUCAGAAGCAAAAGAGCAACAAACCAGCCAAGAAGCAAGAAGCCUCGUCCAAGGUAGAGAGAGGCAAGUUGACGGUGGCCAAGUUGUUCGCUAGACAUUUCAAGCUCAAGGAACACGUCGAGUGGCUAAAAGAUAACAAGAUCCCACUCGCAGCAGGCACACCUCAACGUCUUCGCGCCCUUCUCGAAGCAGAGAACCCCCACUCAGCAGAAUCAGAGCCCACCUCGGCCUUGGAUCUGUCCAAAUUGCAGCUCUUGGUUCUGGACGUGACGUGGAGAGAUGAGAAAGAAAGAGGUCUUUUGGAGGGAUUUGAGACGAGGGAUGAGACCGUCAGGCUAUUGAUCUGCGAUCAGCUCAGGUCAAAGAUCGCGCAGAAUGUCAAAAUCGCCUUGUUCUGAACGCUUGGAACUUGAUCGAGCAUCAAGACGUAUGGCUAGCUUUCGAUCGAAUGAUUGGUGCGACUGUUUUUGGAAAUUCACGACGUGAAUGUCUUGUAGGGCCAGAUUUUGGACCAUGGAGUCUUGACGCGAUCAGCUAGGGAAACACAAUAGUAAUCGUGAACCUCCGACGCAGGUCAGGCUGCUGACAAGACCGCGAGCAAUCACGAAUCACAAUGCACCUAAAUCCACAGCAGCAAUUGAUUUCGUCAGCCUGCAAGGACAAAUUCCAAACGUCCCUCCUCAAGCUUAGUCGCUCGAGAGUCAACUCGCACACGAC